CCCGCCCGCUGUCAGGAUGAGGCGGCGGAGGCGGAGGCCCGGCCCGGCCGCUCUCGUCGCUCGCUGCCCCCGCGCCGCUGCCUGAGGGGACGGCGGGGCCGCCGCGGCGCAGCCAUGGCCCAGCCCGGAGCCGCGCCGCACACGGACGAAUAUAUUUGGUGCUUGGGAAAGACCAUCCUGUUUUGGAAGCUGUAGUUCACUCCAUCAAUAAUAUGAAUGUUGCUCUUCUGCAACGGGUAGCAGAAUUGGAAAAAGUCAAUGCUGAAUUUCUGCGCACAAAGCAGCAACUUGAGCAAGAAUUUAAUCAAAAGAGGGCAAAAUUUAAAGAGUUAUACUUGGCUAAAGAAGAGGACCUAAAAAGGCAAAAUGCAGUACUACAAGCAGCACAAGAUGAUUUAGGACAACUGCGGACACAGCUAAUGGAAGCCCAGGCUGAAAUGGAGAACAUCAAAGCUGUAGCUACAGUAUCAGAAAAUACAAAGCAGGAAGCUAUUGAUGAAGUAAAGAGACAGUGGCAAGAAGAAGUGGCUUCACUACAAGCUAUUAUGAAAGAAACCGUUCGUGACUAUGAGCUCCAGUUUCAUCACAGACUGGAGCAAGAGCGAACUCAAUGGAACCAAUAUCGGGAAAACAUGGAAAGAGAAGUAGCAGAGUUGAGAAGGCGGCUGUCUGAGGGGCAAGAGGAGGAAAAUCUAGAAAAUGAAAUGAAAAAGGCCCAGGAGGAUGCUGAGAAACUGCGUUCAGUUGUGAUGCCAAUGGAGAAAGAGAUUGGAGCUUUAAAGGAGAAACUGAUGGAAGCUGAAGAAAAAAUAAAAGAACUGGAGGCUUCAGAGGUUAAAGAACUAAACCACUAUUUGGAAGCUGAGAAGUCAUGUAGGACAGAUUUAGAGAUGUAUGUGGCUGUCCUCAAUACACAGAAAUCAGUCCUGCAAGAAGAUGCAGAGAAAUUACGGAAGGAAUUGCAUGAAGUCUGUCAUCUCUUAGAGCAAGAACGGCAACAGCACAACCAGUUGAAACACACAUGGCAAAGAGCCAAUGAUCAAUUCUUGGAGUCUCAGCGUUUGCUGAUGCGGGAUAUGCAACGCAUGGAAAUUGUUCUGACCUCUGAACAGCUGCGACAAGUUGAAGAAUUAAAAAAGAAGGAUCAGGAAGAAGAUGAGCAGCAGAGACUUGGCAAAAGAAAGGAUCAGAAACAAAAAGAUCCAGAAGAUGAAACAAAAGUAGUAUGUUCCCAUGAAGAAUCCCUUCCACAGUUCUCUAAUGAAGAGGUGCAUUUAAAUAGCACCCAUGGCUCAGUCCAUUCUUUGGAUGCAGACUUGCUAUUGUCUUCUGGAGAAUCGUUCAAUAAAUCAGACAGUGAUAUGUUUAAAGAUGGACUUCGGAGAGCACAGUCAACGGACAGCCUGGGGACAUCUGGAUCUUUACAGUCCAAAACUUUAGGAUACAACAACAAAGCAAAAUCUGCUGGGAAUCUGGAUGAAUCAGAUUUUGGACCACUAGUUGGAGCAGAUUCAGUUUCUGAGAACUUCGAUACUGCAUCCCUUGGGUCUCUACAAAUGCCAAGUGGAUUCAUGUUAACCAAAGAUCAGGAAAAAGCAAUCAAAGCAAUGACACCAGAGCAAGAAGAGACUGCCUCCCUUCUCUCCAGCGUUACACAGAGUGUGGAAAGUGCAUACGUGUCCCCUAGUGGCUACCGCUUAGUUAGUGAGACAGAAUGGAAUCUACUUCAGAAAGAGGUGCAGAAUGCUGGAAACAAGCUGGGUAGACGCUGCGAUAUGUGCUCGAAUUACGAGAAGCAGUUGCAAGGUAUCCAGAUUCAGGAAGCUGAGACAAGAGAUCAGGUGAAAAAGCUGCAGGUGAUGCUGAGACAGGCUAAUGACCAAUUGGAGAAAACGAUGAAAGAUAAACAGGAGUUGGAGGAUUACAUGAAACAAAGUGCUGAAGACUCUUCUAAUCAGAUCUCUUCACUUCUUGUUAGAUGUCAGGAGUCUGAGACUUUACUCAGUGAAUUACAGCAGGCAUUUUCCCAUGCAAAGAGAAGCGUUCAGGAGCAAAUGGCUGUUCUGACACAGUCAAGGGAGGAGGUCUCAGAGGAGUUGGUGAGAUUACAGAAAGAUAAUGAAAGCCUUCAAGGAAAGCAUAGCUUGCAUGAGUCUUUACAGAAUGCAGAAGACUUCAUUCUGCCGGAAUCCAUGGAGGAACUCCGUAAAUUGCUAUUAAAAUACCGUGAGGACAUCAUUAGUGUACGGACUGCAGCAGAUCACCUUGAAGAAAGACUUAAGGCAGAAAUCUUAUUCUUAAAAGAACAGAUUCGAGCUGAACAAUGUUUGAAGGAAACUAUAGAAGAAACUUUACAGACGGAAAUAGAGAAUUGCAAAGAGGAAAUAGCUUCCAUUUUUAGUCUGCGAGCUGAACUGGACAGAAUAAAAGUGGAAAAGGAACAGUUGGAGAACACCUUGCAGGAGAAAACACAGCAGCUGGAGAGUCUUCAGGAAAUGAACAAAACUUUGGAAGAGCAUCUGAAGAAGGAAACUGCUGCAAAGGCUAACCUUGAGCAGCUGAUGUUUGAAGAGAAGAAUAAAGCUCAGCGGUUGCAGACUGAAUUAGACGUCAGUGAGCAAGUACAGAGAGACUUUGUAAAGCUUUCGCAGACCCUUCAGGUGCAGUUGGAACGGAUCCGGCAGGCAGAUUCCUUGGAGAGAAUCCGGGCGAUCCUGAAUGACACAAAACUGACAGACAUUAAUCAGCUUCCUGAAACAUGACACCCUGAGGGGCAGGGCUCCGAGGCUGCAUCUGGGGUUUUUAACUCAUCUUUAUAGCAACAUUAAUUAUUAUUUAACUCUAACUGAAAGAGCAGAAGACAACAGAGGGGAGCAAUGACUGAGUUGUUUCUCGAGGGGAAAAGGUUUUGUACAGGGCAGGAAGAGAGCACCAGGGAGAUUGCAGGCUAGAAGAGAACUCUCUAAUGGGAACACUAAUGGGUGCAGUGUUUGUGUUCCACUGUAAGUGGGAUCAGUCCUCACAUCCUGAAAAACUUUUCCCUUUUGGCCAACUUCUCUAACCUAAUAUAGAUUUCUGGAACCUAUUCCCCUCUCCCAAAAUACUGUGAUCAGAGUAGCUGCUGGAAACCAUAAUGUCCCUCAAAACUCCUUGAAGAGCAGAGUGGUUGACAAUUUUCUGUUUGAAUAGUCAGUAACAGUAUUCCGCUAGCAGAGAGAAUGAAGUGUAGUAUGCUGUAUGAAUAUUUUAUAUUAAAAUAUGAAUUUAUUAGCAGGA